AUGGCCAUCAAACCGCUUCAGAUUCGGGUGUCCAUUGACAGAGGCGGUACCUUCACAGACGUCCAUGCCGCCAUACCUGGACGCGACGACAUUAUCCUGAAGCUUCUUUCAGUAGAUCCAGCAAAUUAUCAAGAUGCGCCAACAGAAGGUAUCAGGAGAAUUUUGGAGCUGGCUACCGGUCAUCCCCAUCCCAGAGGUCAAUUACUCGACCUCUUCCACAUUGAAUCCAUUCGCAUGGGAACCACUGUGGCUACAAAUGCUCUGCUUGAACGCAAGGGCGCCAGAUCUGCCUUGCUCAUCACAAAGGGCUUCAAAGAUCUUCUCCUCAUCGGCAACCAGUCACGGCCGAGCAUUUUCGAUCUCUCGGCAGCAAAACCUGAUGUUCUCUACGAGCAUGUGAUAGAGGUCGAGGAGCGUGUGACUAUGGAGGACUACACAGAGAACCCGAACCCCGAAUCGACGAACUUGGAUACCGCAGAUCCUGACAUCGUGGAGGCGGUUACUGGCGAGCGUAUCCGUGUACUGCGACGACCAGAUCCCGAAGCCAUAAUGAACACUCUGGAAGGAUUAUGGGACCAAGGAUAUCGCUCUAUCUCGAUCAUCUUCCUACACUCUUACGCAUAUCCCGCUCAUGAGAAUCUUGUUGGCAACUUGGCUGUCGCCAUGGGCUUCUCGGUAUCUCUUUCUAGCGCGCUGCAGCCUAUGAUCAAGGCAGUGCCACGCGGAAUGUCGGCCACUGCAGAUGCCUAUCUCACACCAGUUAUCAAGCAAUAUAUCAGUUCAAUCUCAGAAAACUUCAGAGGUGGUCUUGGAGCUCAGAACACCCGUUGCGAGUUUAUGCAAUCUGAUGGUGGACUUGUCGACUUCCGCAGGUUCGGAGGUCUGAGAGGCAUCCUCUCUGGUCCAGCUGGUGGUGUCGUUGGCUACGCACAAACAUCGUGGGACGAAGAAGAGCGCCGACCUAUCAUUGGUUUCGACAUGGGAGGCACCAGCACAGAUGUGUCUCGUUACGCUGGCGUCUACGAGCACGUUUUCGAGACCACGACUGCAGGUGUCUCUAUUCAGUCACCACAAUUGGACAUAAACACUGUUGCAGCUGGAGGUGGUUCUAUUCUGACGUUCAAGAACGGACUUUUCCAUGUGGGUCCCGAAUCUGCUUCAGCUCAUCCUGGUCCUGCUUGCUAUCGCAAGGGAGGUCCGCUGACCGUGACUGAUGCCAACUUGUUCCUGGGAAGACUGUUGCCAGAGUACUUCCCCAAAAUCUUUGGUCCCAAGGAGGACCAACCACUUGAUCGCGAUAUCACAGCACAGAAAUUCUCAGCACUGACUGAAGAGAUCAACCAACAACAACGUCAGGAUGGCGCUGCCAUCUUCACACCCGAAGAAGUCGCCUUAGGAUUCUUGAAUGUCGCAAAUGAGGGUAUGGCCAGACCUAUCCGAAGUUUGACAGAAGCCAGAGGACACGACACUGCCGCGCAUCAUUUAGCUUGUUUUGGUGGUGCAGGUGGACAACACGCCUGCUCUGUGGCCAAAGUACUGGGCAUCUCGCGAAUCAUCAUCCACAAGUAUUCUUCGAUUCUGUCUGCUUAUGGUAUGAGUCUGGCAGAUGUGGUUCACGAGGUUCAAAAACCAGCAGCCAUGACCUACUCUGCAGAGACUCAGCCAACCAUCCAGAAGCAACUCGAGGAACUCGCUGCUGAGGCGUCUCUUGAGCUGCAGCAGCAAGGCUUCACAGAAGAGGGCAUCACCUACGAGACAUUCUUGAAUCUUCGUUAUGCCGGAUCAAGCAGUUCUCUCAUGGUGCUCAUGGGCGAAGACUUUGAUUUCCAAUCAGCCUUCGAGGAGAGGCACCAGCGCGAAUUUGGCUUCCUCUUCCCAGAAAAGGCCAUUCUAGUUGACGACUUUCGAGUCAGAGCGAUUGGCGCGGCACAUGAGAAGAUUGCCGCAAGUCCGUACGCCCAACUGCAGUCAGCCGCUUCUCUCAAUACUCACGGAGCUGCAUCUGACGCUACGAAUCGUGUGUACUAUGAGGCUAAGGGGUACCUCGAUACUCCGACUUAUGAGCUACCUGCUAUUGCCGUCGGUAGCAAGAUUUCCGGACCAGCAUUGAUCAUCGACAAGACUCAGACCAUCGUCGUCCUUCCCGAUGCUGUUGCCAAUGUGCUGGAGAGCUGCGUCGUGAUAGAUCAGGAGACCUCUGCCACUACUGUCGACAAGGCCCUUGUGAAUGACGAGUUCAGUCCCAUCCAGCUGUCUAUCUUCGGACAUCGUUUUAUGUCAAUCGCCGAGCAGAUGGGCCGAACGCUGCAAAAGACAUCUGUGUCCACUAAUAUCAAGGAAAGACUCGACUUCUCGUGUGCGCUGUUCUCCAACGAUGGUGGCUUGGUUGCCAAUGCACCUCACGUUCCUGUCCAUCUUGGCAGUAUGCAGUUUGCCGUCAAGUACCAACAUGACCUCUGGAAGGGCAGACUGAAGGACGGUGACGUACUUGUGUCAAACCACCCUUCUUGUGGUGGAACACAUCUUCCAGACAUCACUGUCAUCACGCCCGUCUUCGAUGGAGAUGACAUUGCUUUCUACGUGGCAUCGAGAGGUCAUCAUGCUGACAUCGGAGGUAUCCUCCCAGGAAGUAUGCCUCCUACCUCCACACAACUAUACAUGGAAGGUGCUGCCAUCGAGUCACUCAAGAUUGUGGAGGAAGGCAGAUUCAACGAAAAAGAAAUCACAAAGCUUCUCCUCGAGGACCCUGCACAAUACGACGGAUGCUCCGGUACCAGAUGUCUGCAAGACAACAUUUCGGACCUGAAAGCCCAAGUUGCAGCAAACAAACGCGGAAUCACUCUUAUUAAAGGCUUGAUCAGCGAGUUUGGUCUGUCAACCGUACACCGCUACAUGUACGCCAUCCAACGAGCUUCUGACAUUGCCGUGCGCGAACUGCUCAAGCAAAAAUACGAAGAGUUUGGCAGAAAGCCGCUGAAAGCAGUCGAUUACAUGGAUGACGGCACUCCCAUUCAACUCGAAAUCACCAUUUCCCCCGAGAACGGCUUUUCCGCCACUUUUGACUUUGCAGGCACAGGACCACAGGUGUAUGGCAACACCAACGCACCAGUUGCAAUCACAAACUCGGCGAUCAUCUACUGUCUGCGCGCUCUAAUCAGCUCAGACAUCCCGCUCAACCAAGGCUGCCUCAACCCCAUCGAUAUCAAAAUCCCCGAAAACUCUUUGCUGAGUCCGGCCAAAGGUGCUGGAGUCGUGGGCGGUAACGUGUUGACAUCUCAACGCAUCACCGAUGUGGUACUCCUCGCCUUCCGCGCCUGCGCCGCCUCUCAGGGCUGCUGCAAUAACCUCACUUUCGGCACUGGCGGCAAGGACCCUGUCUCGGGCGCCCACCACGCAGGCUUCGGCUACUACGAGACCAUCGCUGGUGGCUCUGGCGCGGGUCCCUCGUGGCAAGGUCAGUCUGGCGUGCACACCCACAUGACCAAUACCCGCAUCACCGACCCCGAGGUGUUUGAAAAACGUUACCCUUGUAUCUUGAGGGAGUUUGGAUUGAGAGAAGGCUCAGGUGGUCAAGGAAAAUUCAAGGGAGGCGAGGGCACGGUGAGGGAUAUUGAGUUUAGGGUGCCGGUGCAGUGUUCGAUCUUGUCUGAACGACGCAGCAGGCAGCCAUACGGACUCGAGGGUGGUGGCGCUGGUGCGUCUGGCCUCAACUUGGUCAUCAUGAAGGACGAGUACUCGGAGGAGAAGAGAGUGAUCAACCUCGGCGCCAAAGGAACCAUCAAGUUGGGAGAGGGAGACAGGAUUGUCAUCAAUUCACCCGGUGGUGGUGGUUGGGGUGCUAUGGAUAAGAAUGGAGGUGCAGAGGUGACAGGGAAAGCGCGGACAAAGAUCUUGGCUGGUGGUUCGGUGAAUGCUUACAAGGCUAGGCAAGAGACUAAUUAG